GAAAUCAAAUAAGUCGUCCUAGACGGCUCUUAAUUUUAAUUAUCCCGUUAAAACGUCUUAUUUUUAUUUUAUAUACGAGGAACUUUAAAAUGACUUCUAAUAUUAUUGUUACCGAUGAGACUUUAAAUAGCGACGAAAGCGAUGAGCAUUUAAUUAAUUGGGUGGAAGAAGCCGCAGCCAUUAUUAACGAUGUUAAAGCGCAUGUAGCUGAAAUUAAUAUAUCCUCCAUAUUGCCAUCUACUGAGAGUAAAAUGUAUCUGAAUUUACGUACUUUCGAAGGCAAUACCUAUUGCAUACAUGUUGGCAAUAUGGGAUUUCGCAUCGUCUCUGAAACAUAUGACUCGAUAGAUGCUGAUAAGGUUGUGCCCAAUGCAGAUGAAGAUGACAUAUUUGAGACCCCGCAUGCACUGCUAGAUAAAAUAAGUCCCGGUUAUGUUAACUCAUUUGGUAACCAAUUAUGCAAACAGCUGUUGCACUUGCAACAGAUGAGAACCGAGUUUAAAGAAGAAGAUGAAGAAGAUCUGGAGAAAGAAGAGGAGGACAAAGGAGCGAAAGAGUACACAGAAUCAUUAACUAAUCAAUAGCACUAUAGAAACAAUUUCAACAAAUUUUAGUAAUAAUUAAUGUAUAUGUAUACGUGUUUUAUUGAUUCCAACAACACAAAAUAUGUAAUUACGUUGGACUUAUGUUUUGUUUGUCCUUCUCUUGUUUGCCUUCUGUUUUGAUCCAAUAUGCAUUUUUAAACUUUCAAACGUUUUAAAAAUAAAGACUGUGAUUGCAGCUCCAA